AUGAUCUCAGACUCUGAGAUCGAGGAGGGGAACGGAACACCCGUUCCGGGGUCUUCCCUUGACCCCGACUCUCCUCUUGUGGACUCUCCUGUUUACCCGGGAAGUCCAAGAAGGGCCGUGGCCUCUUACGGGGAAGAGGAUUCCUUUGUUUCAGAGCCCGUGGUAGAGGCCACGGUUGAGCCCACAACUCAACCGAAUAGAUCACCCAUACCACCACCUAACCCCAGCUGCAAAGCUGAUGAUGGGUUCUCUGCCUUGGCCCAGGAACUUGAGGGUUAUACCUGGGAGCAACUACAGCAACGGUUCAUAGAAGAAAUGGACGAACGGUCAAAGACCGAAAAUAUCCUCCAGAAAGAAACUGCUGAUCUCCUCGAAGUAUUUAUGGCAUGGUCGCAGACAACUACUUUCCGUGACGAAGACAGAGCUUAUAAAAGAUUUAAAACUCGGAUGGAUCACGUACGGAAUUCAGAAGCGAGCCUAGAAGAAAAGAAAGCUCACUAUGCCAGUGUUGUCAAAGCUUUUGAAAACGCCCUUGAUCUUCUACGAACCGGAUAA